CGGUCGCCAUGGGAGGCCCCGCGCCGGGCCGAGGGGGCGCCCGGCGAGCGGCGGCUGCUCCCCCUCAGCCGCGCUGAGCCCGGCGCUGCUCCGCGGGGACCGGAGGGCAGCGACAUGGACCGCCCGCCGCAGCCGCCGGCCGCCUCCUAGUCCCGCAGCGGCGGCUGCGGGGCGGUCCGGGCAUGGCCCAGCGGGAGGAUAACGGCGGAGGGCAGCGCUACCCCGGUACUAGUUGGGCCAAGACAACUGAUGCAAAUUUGUCCAACUCCUUAAAUGGUUUGACCUUCAUGGGAAUUCUGGAUGCAAGAGUGGGCAGCGGUAUCCAGGGCCUUCCAAACUUGAACUCCGGGACCCCGAGAGAUCUCUCAUUGCCUCAGUUUGGGCCUGGCCAGCUGUCCAGUGCUUUAGAAGAUUGUCAUAGCCUUAAAUCAGUGGAUUCUGGUAUUCCAAUUCUAGAAAUAGGAAAUCCAGAACCCGUUCACUGCAGUGUGUUAAAUGUGAAGAGAAAGCAGUCAGAACCUGAAAUUGUGCCUGACAGGGCGUUUCAGAGCGCGUGCACGCUGCCACCGUAUGUGCCUCCACCUUCUCUGGCUGCUGAGCAUGACCAUGCUGUGCGAAAAUCCUCCACUUUCCCAAGGACUGGGUAUGACACUGUCAAACUUUAUAGUCCAACCUCAAAAACUCUGAAUCGAAGUGAUGAUAUCUCUGUUUGUAGUGUGUCUAGUCUUAGCACAGAACUGUCAACGACUUUAUCGGUUAGCAAUGAAGACAUUUUGGACUUUGUGGUCACAAGCAGUUCAAGUGCAAUUGUGAAUCUUGAGACUGACGAGGCACACUUCUCGGACGUUACCCUGAAUUCCACUAAAGAGACCAAUGACCAGAGCCAGCAGGAGUGUUGUCCGGAGGCAGACGUGGAUAGUAAACGGAAAAUAUUGGGACCUUUUACGAACUUCUUUGCCAGGAAUUUGUUUACCAGAAAGCAAAGUGCAAGAUUUGAAAAACAAAAUGAUGUGGGAUGGAAGUUUUUUGGAAAAGUACCUCUCAGAGAAAACUCACAGAAGGACCCCAAGAAAAUGCAAAAGGAAUAUGAAGAAAAAACUGGACGAGCUCAAAAACCUCUCUCUCCUAAACAGAAUGUGAGGAAGAAUCUUGACUUUGAACCACUCUCCACUACAGCACUUAUUUUAGAGGACAGACCAGCGAACCUCCCUGCAAAACCAGCAGAAGAAGCUCAGAAACACAGACAACAGUACGAAGAAAUGGUGGUUCAAGCAAAAAAAAGAGAAUUGAAAGAAGCUCAGAAGAGAAAGAAACAACUGGAAGAACGCUGUAAACUGGAAGACAGCAUUGGCAAUGCUGUUUUAACAUGGAACAAUGAAAUCUUGCCCAACUGGGAAACUAUGUGUUGUUCCCGUAAAGUUCGAGAGCUGUGGUGGCAGGGCAUUCCCCCGAGUGUGAGAGGCAAAGUCUGGAGCUUGGCAAUUGGCAACGAGUUAAACAUCACCCAUGAACUGUAUGAUAUUUGCCUGGCUCGUGCCAAAGAGAAGUGGCGAUCACUUAGCACAGGAGGGGCUGAAGUAGAAUGUGAAGAUGCUGGAUUUUCUGCAGCUGAUAGAGAAGCAAGCUUGGAGUUAAUAAAACUGGAUAUCUCAAGAACAUUUCCUAGUCUUUGUAUAUUCCAGCAGGGUGGUCCUUACCAUGAUACGUUGCACAGUAUUUUAGGAGCCUAUACUUGUUACAGACCUGAUGUAGGCUAUGUACAGGGCAUGUCAUUCAUAGCAGCAGUAUUGAUCUUGAACUUGGAUACUGCAGAUGCCUUCAUUGCUUUUUCUAACCUUUUAAAUAAACCCUGUCAGAUGGCAUUUUUCCGUGUGGACCAUGGCCUUAUGUUGACUUACUUUGCCGCAUUUGAGGUAUUCUUUGAAGAAAACCUGCCAAAGUUAUUUGCUCACUUCAAAAAAAAUAACUUAACUCCAGACAUCUAUCUAAUUGAUUGAGAGGCCAGUAGACUGCACCUGUGUUCCUGUGACCCUGACACCUCUGUAUGAGUUGGCUGUGCUGUCUGCACCUGGGACUUACAGUGUUUGGAAGAGACCUGCAGACAGAAAAUCACCCACAGUACAGAGGGAGCAGAUCAUGUGCAGGGAGUGUGCCAGUGCUGCUGAGAGCCACUGCUCUCACUGGUUCAGUCAGGCAGCUGCUUUAUUGCUGUGAUAAUUUCAGCUGGGUUUCGGACCAGUAGCUCAGGUGUCUAAUAAAAAACAUCUUUCAGUGGGAAAUCUUUGAAGGGAGCAAAUGCUGUAUCCAUUCUUAGCAGUGAUUCCUAUUGAUGUUUCAUUGCUUGUUCUAGGGGGCCCAGUCUCUGUUCUUAGGGCUUGAUGCCUCAAUUCCAUCCAAGGAUUAAUGAAAGUUAAUUGCCUUGUGAAGUUCCUGCAAAUGGCGCUUCCUUCCAAAUUAUGAAGAGCUCAAUGGCAAAUACCUUAUUUGAUGUGACAGCUUUUUUGAUGUGAGCAAAUCUUCUCAUACAAAAGUAGUGUUCUAAUAAAUAGUUCUUUCUUCUGACAGUUAAUUUUCCACAUAGUUGGAGAUUUAAUACACAUGGGUUAUUCAGGUUAGGUCUGAAUCAUGACAGAAUAAUACCUUUUGAGAAUAAAAACAGUUCCAAAAAAUUGGCAUUGUUACUUAUCUUUAACCAGGACUCAUUUCUGGCUGGGUGUUUGCCUGCUGCUUGGUGACCAGGAAAGGACUCAGUUGAAUUGCUUCCUAUUGCACUGUUCCUUUUAAAUUGAAAAGCUGUUGCUGUUUCCUGUGCAUGUGUGUGUAUACACACAAGUCUUAACUGUGCUAUGUAGGUAUUCUGUAGCAAGACAGUUUUACGUGGCAUGUGACUGGACAAAAAUAUUGAGAGAUUAUAAAGUCUGCAGUGCACCAUCAGCCAGUAACCCAAAGAAAGAGCUUGUAUUGUGCUGUUCUUUCGCAUUUGUGCAUGUAUGUAAAAUACAUACAUGAGCAAUUUUGUGGGGGUUUUUUUUCAUCCCAGACUCUUGUUUAUUUUUAUAAUUCUAAUUUAGCUCUUUGGAGAACAGAAUUUAAAUGAUUUCCACUUGUUAUAAAAAUGUUGCGAUGAGAUGAAAAAAUAAAAAAAAGUAAAAUCCUAAGGAUCAUAAACCUGCAAUUCACUUGUCACCUGAGUUUGUGCAAACGUUAGUUUUGUCUUGAUGUUUCUAAAAUGAAUAUAUUUUCCCUUUUUUCUAUCGUGUGCUGAUUCAUACAGAAGCAGGAUACUUGAUGAUGCAUCAUUCAAAUAAUCUUAUAUAGUAAAAAGCAGAUACUGCAGAAAACCUUUGAUUAUCAGGAUUUGCUGUGAAAAUACAUUAAUUCAUAUUCCAUACCUAUACAUGUGUGUGUAUG